CUGUCUCCCGGCUGCGCGCGGAGCGAGCGGGCGGCUCUUCUCACACCGGCGCCUCCCCGCCGCCCGCCGGAGCUGCGGCGCCGCAGGCCCGGCUCGUUGGCCGCCCGCGUCUCCGGCUCCGGGCGGCGCUGGUCUCACUCUCCCGAGGCGCUCAGGAAACUGACAAGAAACUGAAGCUUGAUUCAAAUAUACUCUGAAUUGAAGCUGGAAAUGUACUAGAAUUUAGAUUCUUUCAUUUGAUUAAGGUAUGGUGUGAAUAUGCGUUGCUUGGCAGCUCGGGUCAACUACAAGACGUUGAUUAUCAUCUGUGCACUCUUCACGUUGGUCACAGUACUUCUGUGGAACAGGUGUUCCAGUGACUAUGCAACUUCAUUUCCACGGCACUCGAGUAAUGGCUUCAGGGUGGAUGGACUAGAAAGGAGAGCCGUGGAGUCUGAAAGCGACCAGCGUGUGAACCGCGGGGGCCGACAGCAGUCGGAGGAGGCGCUCCUGCAGGAGCAGCAGAAAGCGCCCCCUGUGGCCGGGGGCUUCCAUGGCAGUGUGGGCAGCAAGGUGUUAGGGCUCAAAUAUGAAGAAAUUGACUGUCUCAUCAAUGAUGAGCACACGAUUAAAGGGAGACGAGAGGGGAAUGAAGUCUUUCUUCCAUUCACUUGGGUGGAGAAGUACUUUGACGUUUAUGGAAAGAUGGUUCAGCACGAUGGCUAUGACCGAUUUGAAUUCUCUCACAGCUAUUCCAAAGUCUAUACGCAGAGAGCCCCCUACCACCCGGACGGCGUGUUCAUGUCCUUUGAAGGCUACAACGUGGAAGUCCGAGACAGAGUCAAGUGUAUCAGUGGAGUUGAAGGUGUGCCCUUGUCCACUCAGUGGGGACCCCAAGGCUACUUUUACCCCAUCCAGAUCGCUCAGUAUGGGCUGAGCCAUUACAGCAAGAACCUGACAGAGAAGCCGCCUCACAUAGAGGUGUACGAGACAGCUGAAGAGGAGGACAGAAAUGGCAAACCCAGUGCCUGGGCAGUGCCCAAGGGCUGCUUUAUGGCCAGCGUGGCUGACAAAUCUAGAUUCACCAAUGUGAAACAGUUUAUUGCCCCAGAAGCCAGUGAUGGUGUGUCCUUACAGCUGGGAAACACAAAGGACUUUAUAAUUUCAUUUGACCUCAAGUUCCUGACAAACGGGAGUGUGUCUGUGGUUCUAGAGACCACCGAGAAGGGCCAGCUUUUCACUGUCCAUUACGUCUCAAACACCCAGCUCAUUGCUUUUAAAGAAAGGGACAUAUACUACGGCAUCGGGCCCAGAACUUCGUGGAGCACAGUCACCAGAGACCUAGUCACCGACCUCAGGAAAGGAGUGGGGCUCUCCAACACAAAAGCUGUCAAGCCAACCAAAAUAAUGCCCAGAAAGGUGGUGCGGUUGAUUGCAAAGGGGAAGGGCUUUCUGGACAACAUCACCAUCUCCACCACGGCCCACAUGGCUGCCUUCUUCGCCGCCAGUGACUGGCUAGUAAGGAACCAGGAUGAGAAGGGUGGAUGGCCCAUCAUGGUGACCCGCAAGCUAGGAGAAGGGUUUAAGUCUUUAGAGCCAGGGUGGUACUCUGCGAUGGCACAGGGGCAAGCCAUUUCUACACUCGUCAGGGCCUAUCUGUUAACAAAAGACCAGGUAUUCCUCAGUUCAGCUUUACGGGCUACGGCCCCUUACAAGUUCCCAUCAGAGCAGCGUGGCGUCAAAGCCGUGUUCAUGAACAAACACGACUGGUAUGAGGAAUACCCAACCACGCCCAGCUCCUUCGUCUUAAACGGCUUUAUGUACUCCUUAAUUGGGCUGUAUGACCUGAAGGAGACUGCAGGGGACACGCUCGGGAAAGAAGCGGCGUCCUUGUAUGAGCGUGGGAUGGAGUCUCUGAAGGCCAUGCUGCCCCUGUACGACACGGGCUCAGGGACCAUCUACGACCUGCGGCACUUCAUGCUGGGCGUCGCCCCCAACCUGGCCCGCUGGGACUACCACACCACCCACAUCAACCAGCUGCAGCUGCUCAGUACCGUCGACGACGCCCCCGUCUUCAGGGAGUUUGCCCGGAGGUGGAAGAGCUACCUCAAAGGUGGCAGGGCCAAGCACAACUAGCACCCACAACCAAACCACAGCAGCCUCCGAGCCAGAAGCCACAGGCCGUGCACCCGGCGUGGGGAGCCCUGCUCCAGGCCGCAUCCACGGGCACGUGGCGUGUAGAGCAGGAAUGUCUAGCGUGCCUUGCUCAUGGCAGGCUACAGACGAUAAGCAGUGGUGAAGGGCCCCGCCAGCUGCCGGCACGCCCUCACCCCGUGCGGAGCGCCUUUCAGAUGUGAUUAUUUAUAUUUAUAUUGGAAGCAGACGUUUAAAAAAUUAUGUGCUGUAAUACAGUGUGUACUUGUACCCUGGAUAGUGGACUGUGCUCAACUUUUUAAAAGCUAUUUCUUUUCUCUAGACUCAUUUCUGGGAGGUGAAUGGUGGUUGUGGUUGUUCAAUUUGAUACAUAUGGAGACUCUUUUGCAUUAUGGUUUUCUUGACGUGUAAAUCAAACACACCCAGUCUUCAGGCUUCACAGUAUGUAAAGCACAACUAGAAUGAAACUUACUGACCGCACAAGAAGUUACAGAAAUGCUAUCUGUUUAUGAAACUUGAUCUACAAUCAGUAGAAGUGUGAUAAUCAACCUGUCCCUCCCGCCACCCCUGCGUGAUGGUUUCUUUGUAUUUCCUUUUGACUUCACUUGAGAGUUUUGUCUAUUCCGGAGACAUGAUGUAGAAUAUUGACUACAAACCUAAAUUUGGGAAGGAUCUAGCAAUUUUAGGACUACCCACCUCUUCUAUUUUGAUACCCCCACCCCCCCCCACUGAAAAAAGGCCUGGGUUAAAUGUGACAUACAUAAAUCCCACUGGGAUCCCCCCCCCCUUCCAGGGUCAUUCUCCCUAUCUAAGCCAUUGGGGCUCUGUCACUGUUGUUCCUUGCAAACUUAGUUUUGAAUUAUUCCAGCUGUUUAGAAGAGGUGCUGCUGCUGUCGUCUGGGUCUGGUAAGGUCUUUGCUGAACCCCAGACAGAUUUCCCACAGGGUUUCAAGCACCCAGUAUCAUACAGCCCGGAAACUCGAGCCCCAUAGUAACACAUGGAAACACACGCUAAAAGGCCUGGCAGACACAGUGCCGUUCACCUGUGACCUCACAAGAACCGGCGCCCUCCCUGCUGUUGUGCAGUGGAACAUACAUAUCUGUGAUAGGCACAAAAUGUAUGUGCCUCAAAGGGGGCAGAAACACGAAAAUUCAUCCCACACUGGAGACGAUUUUAAGCUGGCAGAAUAAAAAGAAGCUUUGGUUCCCAGUUUCUCUAACCCCAACUCUUGAUUUUGCCUACAACAGACACUGGUGGGUGUUAUACCUCUGUAGUUCUCAUACAUUCGAUGUCUCAUUUAAGAAUUGAAACGUCAAAUAUGUUUUGUCUCAGUAAUAAAGACGAGGACCUCCCCCACUUUUUAAUGCCGACGUUUCGGAUGAACGCCCUCCUUCUCCGUGUUUGCUGUUACGUAGCGGGGUCCGGGCUUGUUUGUGUUUGCAUGCUGGUCUUCAGAGGAGGAGAGCUGGCGAGAACACUGUGGUCCUGCUCUGGGACACACCAGUGCCUUAAUCCCACAGUCCUGAGCUGAAGAGGAAGCGCUGCUGCCGCUCUAACACUGCCCUCCACACUGCAGUGGCAGCCUGGCUUGUCUUCCGUCCCCCAGGGGCAUUGUGGGUACUUGAGGACGUUCCGAAUCGUGGAGAUCCUGCAGAUGUCCCCAAGUCGGCCUGUGCGGGGUGGUCACCUGUAGGUGAGCCGGGCCUCCAAGGAGGGUUGCCACCUGGGAUCAUCUGCAUUUUCACCUUGACAACUGUGGAGCUGUCUGGGGUUUGAAAUCAUGGGAAAUGUUUACUUAUUCUGAGUUUAGGAAGACUGGGGAGGGGACUUCUAAAGCUUUGUUUCUUCCAAGUUUUCUUUAAGACUAUCGGUGUUGGUUUUGUUCACUUACCUUUGCUGUUAAAUUGGUUGCCACUUUAGAUGCUCAACCAGCCAAAACUUUCCAGACCAAGGUCGAGUUUGACCCUUUUGGAGUUCCUGUACGUAAGGCUUCAGCCAAGAAGCAUCAGGGUCUGCCAGGGUGCAGAGGUGGCCACAGCCCCCGGCGGCGGGCGUCUUCUUGGCAGUGUGCACUUUCAUGGGAGCUGCGGUCCCAGCAUCCUCUCAUUGUCUUUCUCCUCCACUGUACAUGUGGGCUGUACACCAUGUGUGAAAUAUGCAAUAAAUGUUUACAUGACACCCUUCCCGAAGGGCAGUCCUGUGUAACGCUGUACAGACUUUGCGGUUGAAGCACAAUGUGCACAUGUUAGUUUUAUAUGCAGCAAAACUUGAUUUUUUUGCAGAUGGAAAGGUAUUUUGUUUCUAUACAAAGUAAAUGAAUUGUGCUUAAUGUAAAGCUGCUUUAUAAAAUUGUAAAAUAAAGUUUUUACCUUAAAAG